AUGGUUACAUCAUUCAAUGCAAACUUCAGAUCUCACCAUGACAAAGAUGUUCUGAAGAAUCGAUACAAACAUUUGAGGAGGCAGUACAACGAAGUUAAAAUUCUUUUAGACCAGGUGGGCUUUUCUUGGGAUGAAAAACGAGAAAUGGUACAGCUGAAGAUCAUAUCUGGGAUGUUUAUAUCAAGGCACAUCCUGAUGCUCGAUCAUACAGAGUUAAAACAGUGCCACCAUCACAAGCUGUGUGUUAUUUAUGGACAAGAUAAUUCUGAUGGAAGAUACAGCCGUUUGGCUCGCAAUGUAGACCCAGACAGUGUAUAUUAA